AUGCCACGGGCACCUUCGACCUCGGCCAAAAAGGGCCGCGGCGGCGCCUCGCCCCGCCACAACCCGCUCCACCAGGAGCUCAAGGAGGACGAGCUCACCUCUCGCUUCGGCACCGUCAGCGCGCCCGGACGCCGCGCCAAGAACAAGUCGGCCAAGCGCGGCGCGAAUGACGGCGACGGCGCCGACGAUGCCACCGUCAACAUCGACAUCUACUCUGCGCCCAAGGGCAUGGUGACGGGCGGCAAGGCAGGUGGAGGCGCAAAGGAGAAGCGCUUCAUCGAUCCCAAGCUCUCGCGCAACAUCCUCAGGCUGGCGCGCGAGCAGCAGGAGGAGCUCGAGGCAGAGGAGCUCGAAAUGCAGCGGGCCGAAGAGAUCGGCGACGGCGACGGCGACGGCGACGAAGCCGCAGCAGGGUCGACGCGAGCAGCUGGACGGGCGUCGGGCUCCAGGGAUGCCAUCCGAGACGGCAACGGCGAGAUGCCCGACGACUCGGACGACGACAACGAGGGCAUGGACGCCGACGAGGCCGAGGGCGACCUCGAUGACGACGAGGCGCAGCUCGGCGAGAACGGCUGGAGCUCGUACGACGCCAACCUAGAGAUCGACCCGUCAGAUCGAGCGCUGCUCGACCGGUUCCAGAAGCAGCACGAGGAGCACGACGGCGGCGCCGACGACGACGGCAACGACGGCGCCGAGGACCACAACAUGGGCGGCGCCGACGAGCAGCGGAGAGGCAACCGGACGCUGGCCGACCUCAUCAUGGCCAAAAUUGACGCUGCCGAGGCGGCCGAGGCGAGGAGGGCCGACGGAUACCCGAUGCCGCCUGGCAUCAACCCCAAGGUGGUCGAGGUCUACACGAAGGUCGGGCAGCUGCUGUCGCGGUACAAGUCGGGCCCGCUGCCCAAGGCGUUCAAGAUUAUCCCUUCGCUGCCGGCGUGGGAGUCGAUCCUCUAUAUCACCGACCCGGCGUCGUGGACGGCGCACGCGACGCUGGCAGCGGUGCGGACGUUCAUUUCUUCGAUGAAGCCUGCGCAGGCGGAAAAGUUCCUGGAGCUGGUGCUGCUCGACAAGGUGCGCGACGAGAUCCAGGACGAGGGCAAGGUGUCGUACCAGACGUACGAGGCCAUGAAGAAGGCCGUCUACAAGCCGGCGGCGUUCUUCAAGGGGUUCCUGUUCCCGCUGUGCGAGUCGGGCACGCUGACGCUCAAGGAGGGCGCCAUUGUGUCGUCGGUGCUGGCCAAGGUGUCGAUCCCGGUGCUGCACUCUGCUGCGGCGCUGCUGCGGUUGGCCGAGAUGGAGUACACGGGCCCGACGUCGCUCUUUAUCCGGGUGCUGCUGGACAAGAAGUACGCGCUGCCGUACAAGGUGAUUGACUCGCUCGUCUUCCACUACCUGCGGUUCGCCGACCCCAAGGAGGGGGUCGAGACGAACCGCGAGACGGGCGAGCGGCGGAUGCCGGUGCUGUGGCACCAGAGCCUGUUGGUGUUUUCGCAGCGGUACAAGCAGGACCUGACGCCGGACCAGAAGGGGGCGCUGCUGGACCUGAUCCGGGUGCAGAAGCACGACGGCAUCACGCCCGAGGUGCGGCGGGAGCUCAUGACGGCCCAGGCGCGCGGCGAGAUGCUCGACGAGCCCAUCGACUAUGACCGCGACGACGACGACGACGACAUCAUGUCGGUCUAG